CGCGCGACCAGGCUCCGAGCGUCUCGUGACGCGCCAACGCAGUACGGGGAGCGGGGAAAGUCUGCGGCUCGUGCGGAUGUUGUUCCCUGUCCCCCCCUCCCGUUGUAAUGGGCUGGUCCGGGGAGGUGGGGCUGGGCCUGCUGGCAGGUCUAAAAUGACUUUAAUAAAGAAGCUGCAGUGUCCUAUUUUCUAGGCAAGUGGCUAAGUUGUACCUAAGUCUGCUAAACUGAUGUACUUGUUUUGGCAUCUUUACAAGAGAGGACGACGACUCAUCAUAUUUGUGUAACACGCAGCAGUGGAGGAGUCUCCAUGAAUAAUUUAAAUGAUCCUCCAAACUGGAAUAUCCAACCUAAUCCAAGGGAUAAUGGUGGUGAUGGAAACAAAUGGAAUUAUGCUUUGUUGGUUCCAAUGCUGGGAUUGGCUGCAUUUCGUUGGAUCUGGUCCAGAGAGUCUCAGAAAGAGAUAGAAAAGGAAAAAAAAGAAUAUUACAGAAGACUAACAUCUGUACAAAGAGAUCUUGAAUCAAAAUAUCGUGACAUAAUCACACAAAAUCGUCGCACAGUCGCUCACUUGGAGUUGGAGCUUGAAAAGGAACACAACAGAACCCUGAGUUAUCGUGAAGCCCUAAUCUCCCAGAGUCGCAAAUUAGUAGAAGAAAGAAGAGUUCUAGAACAGGAACGUGAAAAGUUAGAGCAAGAAAAACAGGUUCUGCAGCACUCAGGGGCAGCAGGUGCCUUGUACCAGAGUUGUCUUGCAAAGGAAGCACAAUGGCAAAAGAGAGCUAAUAUUGUAAUAAAAGAAUUUGAAGAAGCACUUUUAGAAAGACAAGAUAUCUACUGCAGUUUUGUGCUGCCCAGAAACCAGCGGCUAGAAAUAGAGAAAAAUUUGCUAGUUAGAGCAGCAACUGAUCCUGUUGCUAUGGAUAUAGAAAUGGAAAAUGGUUUAAAAGAUAUUUUUAAAUAUGAUACACAUUGUGGUAAUGUGCUGAACACAAACAAACGUCAAAAUGGAAGACUAAUGUGGCUUUAUCUCAGAUAUUGGGAACUAACUGUUGAAUUAAAAAAGUUCAAGAGGGUAGAGAAGGCCCUGUUGGAAAAAUAAUGUGUGGGGAAAGUGGUAGCAUUUCAUGCACUAUGGCACAUGUAGUAUAUAAUGACUCACUGGUAUUAUAAAGUUUCUAAUUCCCUGUAGUACAUGCAUCUAUUUUUCCCCUCCUCAUUGCAACCACAUUUGCAGUACUCCCCAUCCAUGAGAGUGUCUCCACUGUUGGUGCCUUUCCAUUGAUGGGCCAACAACAAAUGCUCACUAAGCAGUGCAGUUUACUCUGAGACUAUGUCAACUGAAAGACACGCUUUGUGUUCACAGCCAGGCUAGCAGAGAAUGCUCCCAACUCCUGAUUUCCUGCAUGGCAGUGCAACCUCAUCUUUUUGUGCAACAAAACUCUCAGGAAAGUACUCGGAAGUGACUGUAAUAGUGAGGUUUCUUGGUAUAUUAUUUAGGCGUGAGAUGCUUUCUCUGUACCAAUGAAAAAAGUGUGCAAUCAUGUUUUCAAAUUAGAUUUGAAUUGUUUUCCAUGGUUGAUGUGCAAAUGUCACUUUAUACUACAUUAUACAUAAAAAUAUUUGCUUGAAAUACAAAGACAGAAUGCUAUUUAAAAUAAUACAGAAGGAAAAUAAAAACAAAGACUUUGAUGAUUACUGAUAUUAAUGAUAAUGAGGGCAUGAUUGGUCUUAAAUCAGGAUUACAUAUGAGUUAUAAUCUAAAAGUUGCCACUUAAGGGGAAUUCAUACAAUGAGAAAGUAAAACAUUUAAUCACUUACUUUUCCUUUCAGGUCUCAGUUUGGAUUUUGCCCACAUUGGUAUUGCCCUAUUGCAUUGACUGACUGAUCUCUAAUGGGUUGAUUAUUUUAAGCCCAGCUCUAGUAGACAGAUAGCCACAUCAUAAAAGCCAUCGUCACACGCAGCAGAGAUUUCAAGGAUUGAUUGGCUGUAGAGACUAAGCAACUCCCUUAUCCUUAUAAGUAGUCCCCCCAGAUCAAGUGGGGGAUUAUUUUACCUUGGCUCAUGCACAGUGAGGAGUUGGGCAGGGAGCAAAACCAUCUCCUGGAUUGAUUUUGGGGAAAUAACUGACCAAAAGAAAUUAUGGAAUUUUCCUCCUUGACUUCCCUCAUCUGGGUAUUUCAGUCAUGGGGUAAUCAGCCCAGGAUUCUGACCUCACUGUAGAAUUAAAUAGAAGAAAUUACUUAUUCACAGACAAAUAAAAAUAACAGUAGAGGAGUGCAGAAAAUAAAAUAUAUAGGCUUUUGUUUUUCAAGUCUGUCCUAUUUAAAGUGCCUCUUGAAAUGUUUGUUCUCUUCUGCAAAAGGAGAAAACAUUAAUCACUUACAUAAAAAACGAGCAAAAGGAAAAUUGAUAUACAGUAACUGAGAAGUAAAGUAACUGUUUAAAUUGAUUUUGUAGAUGUAUUUAUAUCAUUGUCAAUUUCUAUUAAAUAUUAUUUACAUUGCAGCAAGAUGAGCAGUAACUGAUUAUUUCAGAAUUAAUUGUAUUGAUCUCUAGCAUUAAUGUCUAACAUUAGGUAGAAAAUGAAAUAUGCUGAAGUGACAAACUUGGGCUAAAUUUGACCUAUAAUAAACGUUUUAUAACAACUGUCAUUUACAGAAACUAAGACCAACAGAAACAUAUCCAUGGAUAUUUUCCAAAUGCCAAUGGUUCUGUCUAUCUGUGUUCUUAUAACUGCACACUACUAUAAUAGCUGGCUGCCUCCCAAGGAAUAGAGAAAAUACAAAAGGCUAAUGCACUAUACCAGGGUUUCCUUUGUACUUCCCCUGAGGUACUCAGGCAGUGGGUUUUUCAUUUGUGUUUUAAUUUGAUUUGAUUUUGUACUGUAGAUUAACAGCAUUGUCCUACUUCAUAAGAACUUGAAAGUUAAACUACUAAAAUCCAGAUUGGAUGUGAUUUGGGCUUCUGUCCUACAUCAGGACCCACUAUCCCAGACCCUUGCAUCCACACAGAGCAUCACUGGCACAGGCUGAGGGAUCCAUUCGGGUAGAUCUCCAUGUAAGACGGGCCCAUUUUUUGUCAAAUCUGAGAUAAAUACAAAGAUAAAAAAUGAGCACCCAUUUCUAUUUUGAUAGGCUGCCAUUUGGUAUGAAUGAAGACACAAUCAUACCAUACCUGCGGAGUUUAAAAUUAAGUUAAAGAGUGAAAAGUAAUUUUUAAAAAAUUCUUUGUGUUUUAAUAAUAUGUUAUUUGUAACUUAAGUAAGGAUAUCAGUUUUCAAUAUUUUUAUCCUGUUUUGAUAAAAAUGAGAAAUAUAUACCCAAUACACACACUAAAGCUUUGUAAAUCUGUAUUACCUUUUUAAAAAAGGCCAAAAUGUUUAUCGUCUUGGUUUACAUUUUUCUCUCGUUUUAUCACUGAUACCAACUCAAACACAUUUACAAAGAGGACAGAGCUGAGAGGGCAAAAGAUUGUUCAGUUUAUAUUAGUAUUUAAAUUGUGUCAUUGUUUGGUUUAUUCCUAAUACAAUGUUGUGAGGUAAUCAGUGUAUCAAAAUGCCAAUUAGUAAAGUAGAGCUAUUUUUGUAAAUACAAGAUUCUUCAAAGUUACAUUUGUUUAACAUUAGGUUAGUUAAUGAAGGCAGGAUGGUGACUCAGAGGGAAAGUCCAAAAGCACAUAAUAGGUUUAGGAGCACAAGUCCCACUGACUUUUAAUGGGACUUGUGCUCCUAAAUCUCUUAGGCACUUUUGUAACUCUCGCUCGCAAUAGAUAAGGUUGUGUUGGAAGUUCCACUGUAAGCUUUAUUUUGUCCCUUACGCUUCAAAUUUUGAGCUGGGGAAGUAAUUGAUUUGCAAUGUCCAUAUAUAAUGUAGGGUAUAAGGAUCUUUUUCAGAACAUUUCAUACUAUGUCUCUAAACUUCAGUUUUCAAUUGAGUUAAUAAAAAUAUCAACAUUUUGCUGCACUGUU